AUUGGGCAAUCCAUUUCUGUAACAUCUCAAUCAAAUUAACAUGGCUAGAGAAGAUCAAAGCUUACAUGUGAUCAUGUUUCCAUGGUUAGCCUUUGGUCACCUGAUCCCAUUUCUUGAACUCUCCAAAUUCAUAGCUCAAAAGGGUCACAAAGUCACAUUUAUCUCCACUCCCAAAAACAUUGCCCGCUUACCAAAAAUCCUUUCAACUCUGUCUUCUUCCAUCAUCUUUUUAAGCCUCUCACUCCCUAGAAUUGAAGGCCUCCCCGAAAAUAUAGAGGCCACCGUUGACCUUGGAACUCAUGACGCCUCUCUUCUUAAGAAAGCUUAUGAUGGGCUGGAGACAGAGUUGACUCUGUUUUUACAGAAUUCUCUUCCUGAUUGGAUCCUCUACGACUUUGCUCCCUUUUGGUUGCCUCCAAUUGCUACCAAACUCGGAAUUUCCAAGUCCUUUUUUUCCAUUUACCCAGCUUCUUCUCUGGCAUUUUCGGGUCCUUCCAAUAUGGUAAUCCACGGAACUGACCCGAGAACUAAAGCAGAGGAUUUCACCGUACCACCGCCAUGGAUUCCGUUUGACAGUAAACUGGCGUUUAAGGUCCACGAGAGUAAGUGGAUCUUCAACGCCGGUCACGUUGACCGGUCCGGCGUGUCGGAUGCGCAUCGGUAUGCGCACUGCACGAUGGGCGCGGAUGUUAUAUUUGUCAGGCAAUGCAAUGAGUUUGAAGGGAGAUGGAUAAAAUUGCUGGAAGAUUUACAGAAAAAGCCGGUGAUUCCGGCAGGAAUAAUGCCGCUGAGGUUGGAAGAAAACAUCUUGUGCAACAUCGACAUAAAGGAAUGGCUUGAUAAUCAAAGAAAUGGUUCGGUUUUGUACGUGGCAUUUGGGAGCGAGUUGAGAAUUACUCAAAAUCAAUUGACGGAAUUGGCACUCGGGUUGGAAUUAUCCGGUGUACCGUUUUUCUGGGUUUUAAGGAAAUCGACAGAGUCGAUGGAAUUAUUGCCGGAUGGGUUUGAGGAAAGAGUCAAAGAAAGGGGAAUUAUUUGGAGAAGUUGGGCGCCACAGUUGAGGAUAUUGAGUCAUGAAUCUGUGGGUGGUUUUUUGACACAUUGCGGAUGGAGCUCAGUGAUUGAAGGAUUAAUGUUUGGUCAUCCGCUGAUAAUGUUGCCGUUUGUGAUUGAUACGGGACUGAUUGCUAGGGUUCUCGGGGAGAAACUUGUGGGGAUGGAGGUGCGAAGGAAUGAGCGGGAUGGAUCAUUCAACAGGAACUCGGUGGCGGAGACGGUGGAGCUGGUGAUGGUGAAAAAUGAGGGGAAAAUAUAUAGAAAAAAAUCAAAAGAAGUUGGGAAAAUAUUCGGUGAUAGGGAAUUGCAAGAUAGUUACCUUCACAAGUUGGUUGACUACAUGGAGAAAAUUACCACAAGUAAGAAAAAAUAAAAAAUAUUUAUGAGACGGUUAUCUAAUAUGAAAAAAUAAUGUGGUUGGGCGAUUGCGUACCUGGCUAUGUAACAACCUUGAAUAACUAGAAACGAAAAUGCUUUAUGUACAACUGAGCUCAAUGAUAUGCAUUCAGUAUUCUCUCC